GAAUAUAUCUUGAUAUAUCUACUUUCUUUUAUUAAUAUGCUGCAAGAUGCCGCUAGUGACAUAUUCCGAAUGGUACUGCCCACUAGUAAGAUAUUCUAUAAACUCGCAAUUGUUCCAUAUCUGCAGCUGAAAAAUCAAAUCGAAUUUUUCCAGCUUUUCCUUUUUGAACUUACACUGUACUUUUUAUUUGAACAAAAUUACAUGAUUACCGAUCAAUGUAUUUAUCGUUUCAUCAAAAGAUACAGCGUUAGGAACAAAAUAAACGGACGUAUAAAACCUCACGAAAUAGAAAAGAUGAAUUCGCAGGUUACAGUACCGGGAUUCAUUACAAUUCUUCUUUUGUUAACACACGUCUUUUGUAACGAACAUGACAAACAGUUUCAUAUUGCAACUCAUGUCUGGACGUUGAAUGACAAAUUAAUGAAUACGAUAAUAUCCAAUAAGGACUUGCAGAGAAAGAUAAAUCUCUGUGUAUGAAUUCGUGUGAAAAAAAAUUUCAGAAAUAGAAAUUGCGGAUAAAAAUGAUUCAAAAGCGAAUUCAAAUUAAGCACAUGAUAAAGU